AUGGGUAACAAACCGUCCUUCGAAGAGGAAGCACACCACGGGAACGCAGCGGCCCCUGCGCGUUUGGCACCCACAACUUCACGCCGUUAUAGUUCAAUAAAUUGCAAGACGGGACCCCAAAUAAAAAGCACAAAUGAACAGCAAUUGGCAGCCUCACCUCAGCAGUCUGAGUCGUUAUCACCAUCAAGCUCAAUUGCUUCGACACCAACUGAAGAUCAAAUUAUUUCAAAUUGGAAGCUCUUUAAUGAUUUAGAAAAUCGAGAAGAAGCUGAAGUGUUGGAGUUGUCGCAAUUUCUUGAUGCUUUGGUGAAUUACAUUCCUGGAUUGGAAGAAGGAAAGCAGAAUGAGACAAAGGCACUUCGUCCUGUCUGCCAGCAGGAUGUAGGCAAUAUCGAUAUUGCCGACAUGUAUGUGCAGGGAGACGAGUUGGACGAGAUCAUUACGCUCAAGAACGUUGAAAACAUGAUUGAUUCGUGUCGUAAUGGACAAAAGAUCCCGCGAAAUGUGGUAGUGCGCGUGAUAAACGAAGCGACGAUCUUGUUGCGGCAACAUCCAACAAUGGUAGAGUUUAAAGUUGCACCCGCUAACCACAUUACGAUCGUUGGCGACUUGCACGGACAGCUGGAUGAUCUUCUUUUGAUCCUUCGCGAGAAUGGUCUGCCGUCUGAAUCUAACCCGUACUUGUUCAACGGAGACUUUGUAGACCGUGGUGAUCGCGGCGUAGAGAUUGCCAUCAUCAUUUACCUAUUUAAGCUGCUAUAUCCGCAUCACGUUUUGCUCAACCGCGGCAACCAUGAAGAGAACUCGAUCACGCAAGUGUUUGGAUUUAUGAAAGAAUGCGAAGUCAAAUACGACCGGUACGUAUACGACCUCUUCUGCGAGAGCUUUCGCUACCUGCCCCUUGCCACGCUUAUUGAUGACCGUGUGCUCGUCGUGCACGGCGGUGUGCCCCGCGAGAACAUUCUGAUCCAGGAAUUUAACACGCUUGACCGCACUGGCUACGAUCUCACGCGCUACCGUACGAAACCUAAGAGCCGAAAGGAUCGUGAACCACACCGAAAGAUGCAACUCAUUCGAGACUUACUUUGGAGCGAUCCAAAGACUACUAAGGGAUUCGAGGAAAAUAAACGUGGCGCUGGUAUCAUUUACGGCCCGGACCUUGUGCAGAAGUUCAUGAUUAAGAAUAAGCUUGCUCUUGUGGUUCGCUCACAUGAGUGCGUUCCACAAGGUUUUGACUGGCCGUACAAGGAAAAAGGUAUGCUGGUUACAUUGUUCUCGGCAUCGAACUAUUGCGGCAAGACAAAUAAUCUAGGCUGCUUUAUGCGUAUCCCUUCGGGUGCGGACAAACCUGCUUUUUUCCAGUACAUGGCGAGCGCCGAGAGUCGCGACAUGGCCGUGUCUAACUUGGAUGCGCUUUUUUCGCUCAUUGUGCAAUUCCGAUCUGAUUUGGUCGAGGAAUUUGACAAGUUUGACAAGGAGAAAUCAGGUAAGAUUACGGUUCUGACAUGGGGUGCCAUUAUGGGAGACAUACUGGAUCUAUCCUUGGACUGGAAGGCUCUUCAGCCUCUGCUGACUGCGCUAGACGAAGAGGGUAUGGUGCCGUACAACGAUUUCUUGGAUCGAUACAAUGCGGAGGGAGCAGUUAGACAUACGAGUGAUGGAAAUGCUGAUCCGGAGCACGAGAAGCAGCGCGAGGCCUUCAAUUUGCUGUACCGUCACCGCUCACGACUAGAAGCUCUUUUCCGCGUGUUGGAUCGUGAUGGCAACGGUACUAUAUCGGUAGAUGAGUUGGCGAAUGGCAUCAAGUUGCUGAAUAAACACUUGCCUCCUGGAACGAAGCCGUUCAGCACAAAUGGCUUGGACUACAUGCGGAUGAUGGACUUCACCUACGACAACGAAAUCAACAUCAAUGAGUUUAUGGAGGGUUUCCGCAUCAAUGCAACGCUCACAGUCCACGCCAAGUGGAAACGCGCGCGCAAGAAAAUAAAGGCACUCAGUGCUAUAGGCGCAUUGCGCGGGCUUUCGCUUCCUAGCAAUGUGAGUGCAGCUGCUUCGGGCGUGUCGGGUGUAGCUGCUUAUGUGGAUGAAGCAGACAAGCCAACAGGAAUAGUUGAUCUCAAUUUGCCGGUGUCUGACUCAGAACUCAUGACAGUUCCACACACGUCUGCGCCUCCGAUGUUUACUCGACAUGGCAUCGUGCAGGUCAUUGCACCACCCGCCGCAGUAACCGCACCAACAGAUUUGAAUGAGGUCGGAGUCGAUUUACGUAAUGGCGCAGAUAUCGUCAAGGAUGUCAAGUAA